GGCACGUUGGAGCUGGUGGUUGCAGUUGCGGUUGAAUCGUGAACGGGCGUUGUUGAUGCACCGUCUGCCAUUUUGAUUAGAAGUACUUUGCGCGCUAUAGAUGGUGUGAACAGGCUCUUCAUUGGAGAUCGUUGUACAUAACAUUAAGGCUACUGUUUAGGCAAAAUGCUGUCUGCCGCCCAGCUACUCGAUGAGUUAAUGGGCCGAGAUAGAAACUGCCCUGAUGAGAAGCGAUCCAACGUACGAUGGGACGACGAGACCGUCUGCAGAUAUUAUUUGUGUGGGUUCUGCCCGGCUGAGCUGUUUACAAACACCCGUUCUGACUUAGGUCCAUGUGAAAAAAUCCAUGAUGAAAAUCUCAGAAAAUUGUAUGAGAAAAGCUCUCGGUUUAUGAAAGAGGGCUAUGAACGAGACUUUCUGCGUUAUCUGCAGUCGCUUCUGGCAGAGGUGGAACGGCGGAUUCGCAGAGGGCAUGCACGACUUGCUCUGUCUCAGGCUCAACAGAAUGCAGGGGGUCCUGGUCCAUCAGGAAAUGAGGAGAAGAUCCAGGUCCUAACAGAAAAGAUUGAGGACUUGGUUGUACAGAUUGAGGAACUGGGGUCAGAGGGUCGGGUGGAAGAGGCCCAGGGCAUGAUGAAACUGGUGGAACAGCUGAAGGAGGAGAGGGAGCUGCUCAGCUCCACCCCCUCGACUAUUGAGAGCUUUGCAGCCCAGGAAAAACAGAUGGAGGUUUGUGAGGUCUGUGGAGCCUUCCUCAGUGGUGAUGCACAGUCUCGAGUGGACGACCACUUAAUGGGAAAACAGCACAUGGGCUAUGCCAAAAAAUCCACUGUAGAGGAGCUUAAGGUAAAGAGAGACAGAGAAGACCGUGAGCGUGAGAGGGAGGAAAGGGAAAAGAAGCGCAAAGAGGAGGAAGAAAAGGAGAAGGAGCGAGAGAAAGAACGAGAAAAGAGGGAGCGGGAGAGAGAGCGGGAGCGAGAGAGAGAAAGAGACAGAGAACGCGACAGGGACAGAGACCGGAGGGCGAGACGGAGCCACUCGAACAGCCGCCACUCCAGCCGAACCUCAGACAGGAAACGGAGCAGAUCCCGGGAUCGUCGGAGAUCCAGGAGCAGAGAUAGGAGCCGGGACAGGGACAGGGACAGGGACAGAAGGCGCAGUCGUGAGCGCUCUGACCGGAAACGUCGCUCUCGCAGUCGCGACCGGAGGAGGUCGCGCAGCUCAGAACGCAAAUCCCACCGGCACCGCAGCCGCAGCAGGGACCGGGACAGGGAGAGAGACCGGGAUAAGGAGAGAGACCGGGACAAGGAACGGUCAUCAAAGGACAAAGGUGAGGACUCAUCUUCCUGCGACAUCUAAAACACAGCUAUAAGU